AUGAACAAGCAUAAUCCAACCGAUGGAACGUUUUGACGUGCGAACGGAUUGUAUAUGUUUCAUGUGUUUGUAGAGGCGUCUGUCUAUCUACUGCGCGGCAAAAGCAGGGGGCAAAACAAAAGCAUGUGGAUGUAAUUUCAACAAAGGAUUCAUCAGACUGGGAUUGAACUCAACCACUAACCAUGGGGAUUCGUUCGGCUCAGAAGAAGCAUUUCCCUCUUCGGGGCAUCGAUGGAGUGGUGCAGCUUUUUGAGGCUGAGCUUAACAACCCAGAACCAGACCUGGCCCUGCUGUCCCUUGUGUUGGGAUUUGUAGAGCACUUCCUUGCUGUCAACAGAGUUGUUCCUGUCAAUGUCCCGGGUGUUCGCUUUGAACCUCUUAAACCUGACUGCCUUGACUCUUGCUUCCCUACUGUAGAGCUGAAUCUCAUAUCUGCCCUCUAUGAACGUUUCACCGCCCAGAUUCUUGGUGCCGUGGACCUGUCACAGUACCGCAAACCGGCUGGCGGUUCCAGCCGUGAGCUGGUGAAAAAAGUCUCAGAUGUGAUCUGGAACAGUCUUAGCCGGUCGUAUUUCAAGGACAGGGCGCAUAUUCAGUCCCUCUUCAGUCUUAUCACAGGCACAAAACUGGACAGCUCAGGAGUAGCAUUUGCAGUGGUAGCUGCGUGUCAGGUUUUGGGCCUGAAGGAUGUUCAUCUGGCUCUCUCAGAGGACCACGCCUGGGUGAUCUUUGGCAAGGAUGGGGAGGAGACUGCAGAGGUCACAUGGCAUGGGAAGGGCAAUGAAGACAGAAGAGGUCAGACUGUCAGUGCUGGAAUCACUGAAAGGAGCUGGUUAUAUCUUAAAGGCUCCUACAUGAAAUGCAACAGGAAUAUGGAGGUAGCGUUCAUGGUUUGCGCCAUCAAUCCAUCUCUAGAUCUGCACACCGAUAGCACAGAGUUACUUCAGCUCCAGCAAAGGCUGUUGUGGCUGCUAUAUGAUCGAGGGGACUUGGAGAGGUAUCCUAUGGCAAUGGGCACUUUGGCUGACCUUGAAGAUCAGGAACCAAUGACUGACAAGGAAAACCCUCUCUCCAUUCACCUAAAGGCUGUGGAGUCAGCUAAGAAAUAUUACAACAACGAGCACAUAUACCCUUUCAUGUAUCUAGCAGGAUAUCAUUAUAGGCACAGAAAUGUCCGAGAGGCUUUGGGUGCCUGGGCAGAGGCUGCGUCAGUGAUGCAAGAUUACAACUACUGCAGAGAAGAUGAGGAGAUAUAUAAGGAGUUUUUUGACAUUGCUAAUGAUGUCAUUCCCACCCUCCUUAAAGAGACAGCAGCUGCUGCUGAAAGUGGUGGCGAAGGGGCUGAUGAAACUGAAAAGGAGGACCAGCCCAGACAGGUAGCUGCUUUAUCUGCCCUUCAGGAUCCAGAGUGCUUCGCUCACUUACUUCGGUUCUAUGAUGGUAUUUGUAAAUGGGAAGAAGGAAGUCCCACGCCAGUGCUUCAUGUAGGCUGGGCCACCUACCUGGUUCAGUCCCUUAGUCGCUUUGAUGCACAGAUCAGGCAAAAAGUGUCAAUCAUCACCAAAGAUGCUGAACCAGUUGAUGAUGAUGAUCAGUCCAGUGAAGACCAGCGUGAGGGGCGUAGGCGGGGCCCGAGGCGGGAAUCUAAAUUAGAUGAACAAGCAGGACCGUCAUCUCCAAGUGCAGCGCUGCCCCCUCAAAAUCCAGUGCCCAAAAAGGUGGGCGGAGAAGGAGGACGCAGACGUUCCUCUGCUGGCACUCGAGGUAAAGAGUCCGAUGGCAAAAAUGAGCCCUCAUCCCCAAGUCCCACACCUUCUCCUACCCAGCCCACCGCAGUGCAGGGAGGGCCGGUGGUGGCUUUCCACAGUGAGAAGAUGAAGGGUAUGAAGGAGCUCCUCUCUGCAGCCAAGAUCAACUCUAGUGCCAUUAAACUGCAGCUCACGGCCCAGUCCCAAGUGCAGAUGAAGAGACAGAAACCCACACCUUCUGGAGAUUACACCUUGUCCUUCAUGAAACGGCCUCGCAAAACUCUGUAAAAUUAUUAUAGUUUUUUUUUUUUUUUUUUUUUUUUUUUUUUUGAGUGAAGUUCAUUCAUUUACCUGCAAAUUGACUGUUAUCAGAUAUUUUGAUAAGCUAAUAUUAUAACCAUUAUAAGUUGGAGUCCAGAAAAUCCAUCAUGCACCAGCUAUUUUGCUUUAUUUUAUAGUAUAAAGUAAUUUGAUUAAUUUGCCUUAAUUUUGUAUUACAAUUCAAAGUUCUAAUAGAUAAAAUCCAAAUUACAAGAAGCCAAAGUGAUUGUUUUGCUUUAUCAGGAUUUUAGGAAAAAAUGCAAUUCUUUUGUCAACUAGCGUUUUGUUUGCAAUACAAUUGAACAUUUAUUUGCUUCACAAAUCUAAUGUGUUAAAAAUGUUGCGAUGUUAUACCUAUAUAUGUAUGUAAGUGUUGCACUUCUUUUGUUAUUGUCCACAUAGCUGAUGGUUUUCAUGUGUUCUCAAGGUUAUAGUGUCACAGCAGGUAUCCUUUUAAAAAAAAUUCUAUGUUCAAUUAAACUAUUUUCUUGACAUGAAAGUGUAUUUUCCACUAAAUAAACAACUCAAA